AUGUGUCCGCUGCAGUGCCGGAGCGGCUUUCGAGCCACUGCAGACCUUCUCUGCGGCCGCCAGGGCUGGCAGCAGUACGUGCAAAUCCGUCUCUGGGGGUUCGACUCCUUCGAGGUCUCGCAGGGCCACCUCCUUAGCAAUCAGGUGCGAAUGACCCCAGAGUUCACGCUGUCGUUGGAGCUUGCCGUGCUGGAGCCGGCCGGGAGCGACUACCUAAGCAUCCUCCACUUCUCCGCGACAGGGAACGGCUGCUGCAACGACGGCGACCGGCUCCCGGCCAUCUUUCUCGUUCCGGAGACGCUCGCUUCCACCGGGCGCAAGCUUCAGGUCUUCAUGGACGGCUUAGAGUUUGGCCUCCCGGCAAUGGCUGUUUCCCUCCUCCUCUUCCUUCCGCUGCGCCUUCUCCUCGCCUUUUGGACGUUGAGGGCUUUGGCAGAGGAGGCGCCUACGGGGAGGCCGUUGAGGCCAGUCUCAAUCCCGGGGCCACUGCUGGGUCGGCGGCUGAAGACGCCCGCCGACUCGUACCCAAACCACUUGGGCAACUACGACAACGUCCAGUACCACGUGGACAUCGAGGUGGGCGGGGACUGCCCAGGCAAGCCGCCGCAGAGAUUCCAGGUGGUGCCGGACACUGGGAGUUCGGACCUAUGGGUGCCCGCCGUGAACUGCACAAGGUGCAAGGCUGGCACCCUCCGCUUCGACAUCGGCAUGUCGUGCCGGGCACAGCAGGUUGGCACCCGGGUCAACUUUCACUACGGCGACGGCACGGUGGCCAACGGGGGCUCCUUCUACGACACUGUCAAGAUCGGGGCCCUUGAGGUGGAGAGGCAGAUCGUGAUCCAGGUAGAUAACAUGGAGUCCGACACGCACAUGAAGUCGGAUGGCAUUCUGGGCCUAGCGCACCACUACGCGCAUGGGCGGGGCAUCCAUGGUACCACCUUCAUGUCAACGCUCUUCCAGCAGCAUCCGGAGGUCCCCCCGCAGUUUUCCUUCUUCCUGACCGGCCGAGACGGUGGAGCUCAUCAGUCUCAGCUGGUGAUCGGGAACCCGGACCUGGCGAACCACGCCAAGGAGGCGGAGUUCCACUACGGGAAGGGAGAAUACAUGGACACCACCGACCUCUGGCUGACCAGCGUGUGGUCCGUGGGCUGGAGUGGCACAGGGGUCGAGGUCACCUUCCCGGACCGCGGCACGCUCGGCGCGCCCGCCCUCGUGGACUCGGGGUCCUCUUUGCUGGUCAUGGAGCCCGGAAUCUACGAUCGGCUGAUCAGCGAGCUUAAGUGGCGCUUCACUGGCUGCCACGAGCUACCAGAUCAGCAGAUCCUUUCCUGUGACUGCCCGCCGGCGAACGACCUGUCGAGGAUACCGGAGCUGGUCAUCAACAUCAUCGACGAGCAGAGCCACCAGUUCAGCUUGUGUAUGUCGCCGGAUGAGUUCAUCCUACAAUCGGUCGACCUCAUUCGUGGAAGGACCGCCUGCGUCCCCUCCAUCCAGCGCGGAUCGAGCAGCCAGCCGGUACCACUGAUCUUCGGGAUGACGUUCAUGCGUGCCUUCUACACCACCUUCGACAUGAAGAAUGGCCGGAUCGGCUUUGCCCGGAGCAAGCUCUCACCGCUUCCUGGUCAGGCCCGAUGCUCUGCGGACGCCCAGCCGCUGCUUCGCCGUGGCAUAUGGCUGGCCUCCGUGACCGUGGCCCUCUCAUCUGUGAUCUUCGCCAUCUACGUGUUCCUCGUGCCUAGCAGGGCUCGUACCAACGCGCAGGCGGUGCAGGCGGCCAGCGACAGCUUCCGGCCCUCGAGGGACUCACGAGCGCCUUCGGGUUCCUCCUCGGAGAUGACGACGGAGCCCUCGAACUGA